AUGCCACAACCGACCAAAGCUCAUCACUCCAUGGAAGACGCAUUUCUUCUCUUUGCAGUUGAGAAUCUUGAACAGGUGAAAACAAAAUUUCAACAAGAUCAUGAACGUAGCAGCAUGCUUUUACAAAUUCACAACGAAUUGAGAAGGUUAUGGAAUCAAGCUUCGGAACAAGUGAAAAAUGAUUAUUUGACAAUAUUGUUGAUGGGACAACAGAAAAAUACUGCUAUCCAUGAUUCUCCAAUAGUGGAUCACAACAAUGAGCAUGUAUUUGACGAUGAUAACAUUCAUGUUGGUCAGGAAAAGAAGAGAAAAAUUGAGAAUGUAAAACCACUUGUCACCACUUUGCUCUGUGAUGACGUUUUGAAACAAAUUCUUUUCUUUUUGGAUGCUCCUGAUUUUGUGAAUUCUCAACCAUGGUUGGUUUGUAAACAAUGGAAUCAAAUCUUUUUCAAGAAAGGACCUGGAUUUGCAAAAUUAUAUUGUCAUUCCUAUUUUAAAUUGGAUGAAGACCAGAAGAAUAGUUUACAUCAAAUGUUGUUGGAAAAUAUGUUUCCAUACAGAGCUGUAUUUUCAACACUAUUGGAUUGCUUUAAAUUUCAAACUCUCACGGAACAUGAUCUCCAAAAAUUACCAAAAUUUGCAGUCAUUCGAAUGCCUUCGAAGCCAAAAAAGGUUGUCACAAUUUUAAACGAAAACCUGUUCAGACAUGUCAUGGUUAUCAAUCAUCAAGUGGAACACCUUCAAGGAAAAGAAUCUACAUUAUGUACCAUGACCACUUAUUGUUUUGCAUUUUUAUCUAAUGGGUAUCCAUUAAUUGUAACUAUUGAAUGUAAACAUGAAAAACUUAACAUUGAGGUUGGAGAUGACGCUAUUGGCAGUCUGCGAUCUAAAACAACCAUUUACUAG